ACUGUCAUGCUGUCCACUCAAUACCCUAUCUAUUUAUUUCUAGAGGCGAAAAGUGUCUUUUCUUUUCCGCCGUUUCUUUCACAUGAUUUUGAAAUUUUGUAAAUCAUCCUAACAUUGACCCUUCCCUUUAGUAAAAGUUGUAGCAACAAUAAAAUAUGGUUUCUAUGCCAAUUGUUACUAUUCAAUGUGAUUGGAAUGACGUGAUCAGAUUACCAAAUGGUGAAGCAUGGAUAUCUUUUAAAUAUAUUAAUCAGACAAGCGUCCACGAUAAGCUGACAACGACAAUAAAUAAAGCCGAUGGAAAAAUAAAAAUAAACUUUACUGAUAAUUACCAAUACAUAUCCCAUGGUAGUUUGAGUCUUGUCGUGAAACAUGUAGGUUCUGGAUUGAAGGUGGCAUUUAUUGCCCCCACUAAAGCCCAUAGAGUGCACAGCAAAGCUGUCCUUUCUGUGGGUGCUGCAGAGAACCCUCUUGUAGUGUCAUCUUGUGAAGGAGAUAGGCUAUUAGUUUGGGAUAGUAGAACAAGUGAAAUAACUCAAGAAUUGAAAGGCCAUGGUGGACCAGUAUACCGAUGUAGGUUCUUCCCUUCUGGUGUAGUAGUGUUAUCAACCGGAGCUGAUGGGUCCAGUAGGAUAUGGUCUGCAGAGUCUGGCAUCAAUCCUGUCACAUUGGUCGGCCACAAAAUGAGUGUGACAGAUGUCACUUUUAUUGAUAAAGGAAGAAAUGUUAUCACUGUCAGCAAAGAUGGCACAGCAAAGUUAUGGGAUGUUGGAGAAUCAAAUUGUUUGGAUAAUAUAGUUGAAGGACAUGGACAAAUUAAUUGUUGUGCACUAGGUAUUGCUAGUGAAGAGAGUGCAGUUGAGAAUGAGCGAGAAGUAGCUACUGGUAAUAAAUUACUAGUUGCUGGGUGUGAAAGUGGCGCAUUAAUAUGUACCCAUGUGGCCAAACGGCGAGAGGUCUUCAACAAACAGUUACCGUCUUCAUGCAACACAUGUUUUGUCAUGGAUAACAACAUUGUUGUAGGCUGCAGUGACGGGAGGGUUAUACAAUUGAAUCUUCAAGACGGUACAAUAACAAAAGAGUGGCAUGAGUCUGCAAACCCAGUCCUAAGCCUCGCGGCGCUGUCCAAUCAGCUCUUCGUGGUCGGUCGGCAAGAUGGCACCUGCACAGUUAUGUCUUUGAAUGACGCACAUAAUAAUGUCAGAGUGCAACUCACAGGCUCCGAUUGCGAUGGAAUAAGAGAUUUAGCAUUCAAUGGAAAGUGGAUCUACGCGGCAUGCAGGGACACUCACGUGAGAAAAUAUGACUAUAACCAAGUUGUAGUACAUUACAAGUAAAUUGUGAUCAUUAUCUAUUUAUUAUUGUGAUUAUAUAUCUAAGUAAAACUUUAAUAAAACUUUUGUAAAAUUA